AUGGAGGGAGCUCGUGAAAACAGCACAUCCAAAGACAAAGCAAAGCCAAAAGAGCCUCUUGCAUCAACAAAAAGCGGUGGCUUAAGAUCUGUGACUCGGGCUGCUGCAGUGACAGAAAAGAAAAGACUGAAAGCUGCUGAUUUCAAAUCUGAGCCGCAGUGGGAUUUUGAGGACCAGUACGUUCUGGACAGCUCAUCUCCGUCAUCGACCUGCUCUGACUCAGUGAGGGCCAAAGCUGCCAAAUCUGCCUGGCUGCGAGAUCUUUUCCUGCCCAACAUCACGAUCUUCACAGACAGGAGAUACUUCAAUGAUAGCGAGUGGAACCGCCUGGAGCAUUUUGCACCUCCCUAUGGCUUCAUGGAGCUGAAUUAUUCCUUGGUGAAGGAGGUCAUGUCCUUGCUGCCUCCAAACCCCCACCAGCAGCUUCUCCUGGCCAACAGCAGCGGCAACCUGACAAGGUGCAUCAGCUGUGCCGUUGUGGGGAACGGGGGAAUUCUGAAUAACUCCAGGAUGGGCCAGGAGAUUGACUCCCAUGACUAUGUCUUCCGGGUGAGCGGGGCCGUAAUCAAGGGUUACGAAAAAGAUGUAGGAACAAAAACCUCCUUCUAUGGAUUCACAGCCUACUCCCUGGUGUCCUCUCUCCUGGUCUUGAAUCAUAGGGGUUUCAACAAGAUUCCAAGGGGAAAACACGUCAGAUACAUUCACUUCCUGGAGGGUGCCAGAGACUACGAGUGGCUGAAGGCUCUUCUGCUCAACAGAGAAACCAAGAAGGGAGUCCUGAAUCACUACGGGAAAAGGCCCCGAGAGAGAUUUGAUGAAGAUUUCAAGCUGGACAAAUACCUGGUGAUUCACCCUGAUUUUCUCAGAUACAUGAAAAACAGGUUUUUGAAAUCCCAAAGUCUGAAGAAGUCCUACUGGCGGCUCUACAGACCCACGACAGGGGCCUUCCUGCUGCUUACUGCCCUCCAUCUCUGUGACAAGGUGAGUGCCUAUGGCUACAUCACGGAGGGUCACCAGAAGUACUCAGAUCACUACUAUGAUAAGGAUUGGAAACGUCUGAUCUUCUACAUCAACCAUGACUUCAACCUGGAAAAGGAGGUGUGGAAAAAGCUCCACGAUGAGAAUAUCAUGAAACUCUACCAGAGAUCCUGAUUGUGUCUCAAGUGCCAUUGCAUGGGAUAUCUCAGCAACACUUCAGGGGAAAAGGAGGAGUAUUUCUA